AUGACCCGAAGCCUCUCUCCACUUCUGCCCACCGAGUUCCACAAAAUGGGCUCCUUCCGCAGGCCCAGACCCCGCUUCAUGAGCUCCCCGGUACUCAGCGAGCUGCCCCACUUCCAGGCCGCCCGGCAGGCUCUGCAGCUGAGCUCCAACUCGACCUGGAACAGUGUCCAGACCGCUGUGAUCAAUGUUUUCAAAGGGGGCGGCUUACAAAGCAACGAGCUCUAUGCACUGAAUGAAAACAUCAGGCGGCUGUUGAAGAGUGAGCUCGGAUCAUUCAUUGCAGACUACUUUCAGAACCAGCUUCUUGCGAAAGGACUGUUCUUUGUGGAGGAGAAGAUCAGGCUGCGUGAAGGUGAGAAGCGCAUUGAGGUUCUGGCUGAAGUCUGGGACCAUUUCUUCACUGAAACCCUCCCAACUCUGCAAGCCAUAUUUUACCCCGUUCAGGGCCAGGAGCUAACAAUCCGUCAGAUCUCCCUGCUGGGCUUCGGUGACCUGGUCCUGCUGAAGGUAAAGCUGGGCAAGCUGCUGCUGCUGACGCAGGCCAAGCCGCCCCCCUCCAUCGUGCAGAUGUUGCUCGUCUUGCAGAGUGUUCACGAGCCCACAGGUCCAAGUGAGGGCUUUCUGCAGCUGGAAGAGCUGGUGAAGCAAGUGGUGUCUCCCUUUCUUGGCCUCAGCGGGAACCAUGGCUGCUCAGGCCCCACCUACUCACUGGCCAGGUGGCAUUCCAGGGUCCAACCCAAGGUAGCGCUCCUCAACUAUGCCUCUCUGAUGACCACCAUCAGCCGGCCCCUGAAUGAGAUGGCCCUGACCCCACUCACAGAGCAGGAAGGGGAGGCCUACCUGAAGAAGUGUGGCAGCAUCCAACGGCACACUGUGGCCAGUGCCCACUCAGACAUCCAGCUGCUGGCCAUGGCCACCAUGAUACACUCGGUCCUGGGAGAGGAUGCUGGCAGUGAGGACAAGCACCUGCUCCUGCCACCCAGCUUCCCCCCACCCCACCCGCAGUGCUCCAGCGAGCCCAGCAUCCCAGACAGUCCUGAUGGACUCGAGGAGGUGGCAAGUGUGAGCCAAGAGGACUCGGAGCUGAACUCUGCUUCCCUCAACUGA